AUGGAUCCCAGCCAGAUGAUGUUCCCCAUCUGGGGGGCGCCGCCUCCCGCCGCCUUGCAGCCACCCUCCGAGGACCACGCCGCCGCCCCCAACGCGCAGCCGCAGCCCUUCCUCCCCCCUCCCAAUCCCAACCGCGGCUGGAAGCGCAAGAAUCCCGCCGCCGCCUACCAGCCACCGGCCCUCGGCGAUCUCCAGGUGCAGAACCGCGCCAAGGCUCGCCGCUGGUUCAAAAACAACGGCGGCGGCGGCGGCAACCCCAACCCCAACCAAACCCGCAAGUAUUUCUUCCCCAAGAACAAAAACAACAAGGCCGCCGCGCCGCGCAACACCACCUCCUUCAUCAUCCGGGCCAAGCGCGCUGGCGGCAUUGCCUCCCUCGUCUCCCCUUGCCCCGUCACGCCCGCCGUGCUCCCCACCCCGCGUCUCUCCCCCUCCCGCGAGGGCCUCGCUGACAUGGCCCAGGCGCAGUGGGGCGUCGAUGGGUACGGCUCCAUGAAGGGCCUCAUCCGCCUCCGUAGCUCCCCCCAGCCAGCCAACCCCAAUGCUGCCGCAUCUGAUGACGAUGACGAGGGGAACUCCAGUGGAAGCGAUGUCGAGGAGCACGUCGAGGUGGAGCGACGCCUUGACCAUGACCUCAGCCGCUUUGAGAUGGUGUACCCUGGUAGAGGGGAGGAUGCUGGGGGCUACGUGUUGGAGGACGAGGACGAGUAUGACCAGGAUGCGCAUGUGGCUCGCCUUGAGGAGGAGAACCUGACGCUAAAGGAGAGGCUCUUCUUGAUGGAGCAAGAGGUUGGUGACAUGAGGCGCCGCCUGGAGGCCCUUGAGGCACGAUUCUCUCUAGGUGGUGGUGUUGGAGGUGGUGAGAAUGAAGUGGAGGAAGCUCCUCCUCAGAAUGAUGCAGAGAGGAUCCAUAUCGGCUCAGAGAAUAGCAGCGAGGAUGAUGUAGAGAGGGUUCGUGUGGGAUCCGAGAAGAGCAGAGCACAAGCUCAGGGUGCCAUGGGUUUGGAGCAGUCUAGCGGGGACGAUACCGAGGAGCAGGGUGCUGCACAUUCAGAGAUGACUGGUGGAAAUGGUUCAGGUGAGCAGGAUGGUGUUGGUGUUUUGGAGAAGACUGAUGUGCACAAUGCAGAGAAGCAGCAGGGUGCUGCGGGUUCAGAGAAGACUGGUGGUGCAGAUGAGCAGGAUGUCGUUGGUGUUUUGGGGAAGACUGGCGCGCACAAUGCAGAGAAGCAGCAGGGUGUUGUGGGUACUGAGAAGACAGGUGAGCACAGCAUAGAGAUGGUUGAUUCAGCGUUAGAGGAGAAGAUGGAUGAGGACAAUGGCGAGGAUGAGGUUAGGCUCGCGCAGCUUCGCAGUGAAGAUUGA